GGCCCAUGGACUACAUGUUUGGACCACAGCAUUUGUCCAAGACAAAAUUCCCCUCAUAAAGUUGUACAAUAGUUCACAUACUAACAAUUGGCCAAACAUGACUCAGUUUUUCUUAUCUUCUUUUCCAACCAUAUAAUAUAGAACAACAGCAUCUUCAAUAUGGUUCUCUCCCUUUUUCUUGCUUGCUUUAAUUUCCAUCUUUAUGUUUAUGGCAUAUUUUCUCCUUUACUUUUCCAGAUAAAACUCUUGGACAGAAAUGGCAGCUGCAGCAGCCUGCUCAGCACUUCUCCCUUCAAUCAGCCAGAAACGGCUUCAACUCCACUGCAUUACAAGUGCGGGAAUAACUAGAAAGAAUGCAUCAUCAACAGCAGCAAGAACAUACAAGAAGUCUAUAACAAGAUGUAGUGUGAGUUUGGAAGAUUUCAUUGGGGGAGACCUCGUAAAGUUUGAUUUAGGCCAGUGGUUGUCCGACGUCGAGGAGCAUAAGGCCCUGGCUAUUUACUCCCCGCACGAGGGUGGAUAUGAGGGCCGGUAUCUCAACCGUCUCCGCUACCAAGGUUAUCAUUUCUUGGACCUAUCGGCUAGGGGAUUAGGCGACCCUGAGACCACCCUCACCAAGUUCCACCCCGUUUGCCCGGCUCAUGUUGGGAAGCAACCAAUAGCGAGGUGGUAUUUUCCUCCAGAAGUUGAUUACAGGCUCUCUUUGCUGCCUCCGGAUGCCAAAGGGCUGGUGGUUUGGAUUAUUGAAGCUAAGGUUUUGUCAAAAGCAGAACUGCAGUUUCUUGCCAUACUUCCCUCACUGAGGCCGCGAGUCAGGGUCAUUGCAGAAUGUGGAAACUGGAGAAAGUUUAUCUGGACACCACUGAAAGAAAUUGCAGGACUACCAGCAGCAGCGGGACAACAAUAGUUUCCAAAUCACUGAAAGAUGUACAGAAGUACUUCAGUCUAUGUAUCAGAAAUUCGAGGAAACAAUUGAAUGUAGGUUCUUUACAUUUCAUGAUCAGUAGUCUCCUGCAGUGAGGGAUGGAUGCAACAUGAGCACCAAACAUCAAACUACAGGCUACACAUUGUACAUUGGCAGGCAUCACACGAUUACAUUGCAACAGAACAGAAAUACACUCGGUUAUCUUGUUGCUCUUUUGCGAUCCACCAUAGAAUUGACUGUGAAGAUUUCAUCUGGAUUUGGAAGAGAACUAUGCAACAUCUCUAUUAUUUGGCCAAAAA